AGCCAUAGGCGGCAGGCUGAGAAAAAACAGGCAUGAGUGACCAAGGUGGUAAAGUGGUACAAAAACAGAACCCAGCUCUGCCUGCCUCAGCGGUCUCUGAAAGACCUUGCCCAAAGACGAACCAACCAGCCUGGCUCAUCAACGACAAGAGUGACCGGGGUUGGGCAACAGCGGCAACUCGGGCGGAGUUUGAGCUGGACACACAGGCAGGCAGUGCUCUGGCUGGGCAGUACCAGGCAGCGAUGGAAACAAGACACGGAUUUCUUGGCUCCGACCCCCGCGGCACCCCAGAUCCUAGGCUGACCUGUGACCCCCCGCAGCCCCUGCCCACCCCCACCCAACACCACCCCCACCCGGUCCUUAGAGAUCGCGCAGCCGGCGCGCUUGCGGAGGGAGGAAAGUCCCGCCGGACCCACUCACGGCGCCGCGGAACCCCCGAAGCUGACCACGUGCACGAAGGCGGAAGCGGGCAAGCGUUGGAAGGCGGCCGAAGGCGGACAAAAGUCUUUCUGGGACGCGCCUAGCGGGGUGGACCCAGUGGGUGGGGCUUCCCACCAGAAUCCUAGCCAGUCUAGAUGCAGAGUUCUCCGGAGAAGGGAAAGCUCAGCGUUGGCGCGGCUUGAAAAGUGAAACCACCUCAUUAAAAUAUGCAGGUUAGGAAUGCACCAGGGAGCCACUCAGCAAACUGCAGAUGCCCAGAUAGCCCCAGCACCGACUCAGUGCUACUGAGCAGGCCCUUGCCUGGCCCAUGGCACCAACCCUGGCAUUGGGAGAUCACAGAUGCUCUCGCAGUUACACCACUGGCUUUGUGGUGUGUGGACCAUCAAGUUUCCCAGCGUUUGUUAUUUCCAGAAGCUGCUCCAAUUUCCGGAUGCUGAUAUGUGUUUAAUGACGUAAAACCAUCUCACUAUGUAGCCCUGACCCGCCUGGAAAUCUCUCUCAUAUAUAUCCUCCCAGAUGCUGGGGUUAAAGGUGUGUACCACC